UCACAUGGCGACCUCUGUGCUGUUUCCGUUGUUCGGGAAAAUGAUUUCGUGUGAACUGUUUCACAUGAAUAGUUCCGCUGUGACUGUUUGUACGACGCAGUCGCGUUAUGAAUGUCUAUAUAUUUUGUGUAUUUUAAAACGGAUUAUUCUCCACGGUGUACGUUAUACAGAAUUAUAAUUUUAAAAUUGUUUUUCCUCUUAGAACAGAAACAAGGCCCAGAAAUGAAGCUGCUUACGUUGUUUCCAUCCACACAAGUGAAGUCUGGUAUUCCAGAACCCUGUUAAUCACAUUUGGAACUCAUUGGUGAUGCAGAACAUUCGUGUUGCCCUGAGAGACGGAAACACAUCAUGGUCCUGAUGCUGUAAUAGAGUUUAUCCCUCACUGACUAAUGUCCUGUGGAGUUUGACCCAAAUAUGGACCGACAAAGGCCUGGAUGUGAGUCAGAACAACUCAAGCAUGAGGAAAAUAAUGCAGCAAAUACACCGGAAGCUUUGUCUCAGUUGAAGGGGAUGGAUAUGCCUAUUCAAACGAGAAGCAAGAAAAGUGUAACCAAAAAACUGAAAGCAUCAACAAAAAAGGGGAAAAAAUGUGCUACCAUUAGCCAAGAAAAGUUUUCUUCUAAUGUGGGACAUGUUGCAGAGGGCACCGAACACAUGUUUCGCACCCACAUCUGCUCUGAAUGCAGACGCUGCUUCAAGACUCGCUCCCAUUUGAUAGAACAUAUGCGUAUACACUUUCCUGACCCGAAUCUGCAAUGUCCCACCUGCAAACACUAUUUCACCAGUAAGAGUAAGCUGCGCAUCCACAUGCUGAGAGAGACGGGACAGAAACUGCACCGGUGUCAUCUAUGUGAGUAUGGAUCGGUGGAACGUAACUCUCUGCGACGACACCUCGCCAGUGUGCAUGGGCAUCAAGAAGAUGAUGCUCCUAGCGGAGAGCUCUUUAAGUGCCCAACUUGCCAAAAGACUUUCAGUCAGAGUCAGGCAUUAAAGAGCCAUAUGAAGUCUCACAAUAAAACACAAGAUGGUCAGCCAUUACAUUGCUUCCAUAAAGGCUGCUCAUUUCAGUGUAGAGAAAAGAAAAAGCUUCUAAAGCAUGUGUUAGAUGCUCAUCAAAUUGAAGCCGUAGAGUGCCGUCAUCACGCCUGUGGGGCUUUCUUCGGGAGCAUAGAAGACAUGGAGAAACAUUUGCGCACACAUCAGGCUUAUCACUGCCCCCAUUGUGACUUCUCAUGCUCAAAUAAGAGCCUUUUUCAGCAGCACAAAAGGCAAGGACAUCCAGGGAAUCAAGAACUGAACUGUAGCUUCUGCCCUUUCACAACCCUCAACCCUGUAGAGUUCGAUCAACAUGUUGGUCACUUUCAUGCCAGUGAGAAAACACAGCACUGUGAGCAGUGCAGCUUUGUAACGGCUCACAAAAGAGUUCUGAAAAGACACAUGCUGAUGCAUACUGGUGAAAAGCCCCACAAAUGUACUCUGUGUGACUUCAGAUGUCGCGAUGAAACAUAUCUUUCAAAACACAUGCUGACACACUCUGAUGACAAACAGCACAUGUGCUCAGAAUGUGGAUAUGUUACGAAAUGGAAACACUACCUCAGUGUCCACAUGCGUAAGCAUGCAGGAGAUCUAAGGUACAAAUGUAAUCAGUGUCCAUAUCGUUGCCAUCGCAUCGACCAGCUGAACAGCCAUAAACUCCGUCACCAGGAAAAAUCCUUGAUCUGUGAGGUGUGUGCGUACUCCUGCAAGAGAAAGACUGAAUUGCGCAGCCAUAUGCAGCUCAAGCACUCCACAAAGGCAGAUCCUCAAACUCCUGUUUACCAGUGCACGUUUUGCCCUUACACAACAAAGUACCGCCAAGCGCUGCAUAGCCACGAGAACUGCAGGCACACCCAGACACGCGUUUUCCGCUGCGCACUGUGCCGCUACACCACAUUUAGCAACACCGGCCUUUUCCUGCAUAAAAAGAAAUCCCACGGAUAUGUGCCUGGAGAUGUGAGGUGGCUUGAGAAAUAUGCACAGAAAGAAAAAGAGCAAAGCUCUGUGGAUUUGACGCAUAACUUUUUCUCCAAAACCACAGCACCUCAGAUUUUAAAUUCAGAAUAUAGGGAAGAAACAGUUAAUGCAAUAGUUUCUAAUAAGACUAUAGAUGACUCAAAAGAUAUGUCCGUGAAUGAGAAUGAGAAUGAAGCAAUAUCAUCCACUAUUGGAGGAACUGAGGAAAUUAAUUUAGUACAGCAGGCCAGUUUUGAUAUUGAAUCUGCAAGAGAAGAGGCAAGUAAUCUUUCUGAAGGAGAUCCAAAUAAUGAAGAACAGUGUGGCUCCCCACAUUUUACUUCCCAAACUAGCCAGAGUAGCACACAAAUGGUACUUGCCGAGACACUAAAUAUACACGACACAGCAUUUGAUGACCAUUUUGAAUCUCAGCAAACAGUCCACGAGAACUUCCAACAACCAUCAGCUGAUGAUGAUGAUGACAAUGCAACUUACUUUGAGGAUCAAAGUGACUCUGAAGAGUUGCCACCAUUGACUGAAACUGAAAGAAACAGGGAGGGACUCCAUCAGGAGAAAUGUGUAGAGGCCUCGGCUUCUGAGACUCGUUUGCAUGUCAUGAGAAAACAGGAUAAAGACCAGGCUGAAGCCCUUGUACUAGAGGGCAGGGUGCAGAUGCUUGUCGUCCAGACACGGGACAGUAUGUAUCAGUGUAGCCGCUGCUCCUAUGUGACCAGAAAGCAUGCAGCAUUAAUCCGGCACUGCAAGUCAUCCUGCCAGGUCAUGAAGGCAGGACUACGCUGCCAGGACUGUGGUAUGCAGUUUAAACAGCAGCGGUCUUUGAACACCCACCUCCGGAAGUGCCGGUUACUGCUGAGGCACAGAAAGAAGUCUGUUUUCGAUAGCACUGUAGGUAUAUCAGGGAGUUGUGAAGGUAAUUCAGGGAAUGAUGCAUCUAUGCAAUUACAGAGUACACCUCUUAAAUCCCUCACAAUGCAUCCUGAACCUGUUGAAGUCAAUGAUUCUACAGAUUCAAGAGUACAAGAUGAUGGUGACUCACUGUCUCCUAUUAUAGCUGUUGCAGUAAAUGAGACUGAUUCACUGACAAGCACAAAUAAAAGAGGGCAGGCAAUUGUGAGGAGUAGAAACAAGAUGGCAGAAAAGGAGGCAUUGGUAAAUGAUGAGAUUUUUGGGUAUAUUGAAGAUGAUGGUAGGUAUAGUUGCAGAAAAUGUCCUUUCUCAUCUGUUAGGAAAGUCACAAUAGGUCGGCAUUGUGCAACAUGCAGUGGAAGCACCAAUAAGGUAGAUCUGGCUGAGAUGGGAGAGCAGUUUGAGCAAGAAGAUAAUCCUAGCGAUUCAGAACAUGAUCAGGAGGAAGACGGGGCAAAUGACUCAGAAAGGGAUUCAGUAGAAGAAAAGAGACCCCAAGACCCCAAACCUCGUUUCUCAUGUCCCAAAUGUCCUUUUCUCUGCCACCAAAAGAGAGCUCUAGCAAGUCAUCAGAUAAAGGGCUGUUUAAAACCAGGUGAAACACAGUGUCCACAGUGUUCAUUUGUUGCCAAAUCGGAAAAAUCUCUCAAUCAUCAUAUCCUAGGUCACAAGAAAGAGAAGAAGGUUUCUAGAGGUAAAAUAUCUGGCAACCUACAGUGCAAUCUUUGCUCCUUCACCUGCAAGCAAGAGCGCUGCCUGACACAGCAUGUUGCUGUGAAGCAUGAGGGAGUCCGUCCUCACCAAUGCCGCUUCUGUUCAUUUAGCACAAUCCGUCGCUAUCGACUUGAGGCCCAUGAGUCCAUGCACACAGGUGUUGGGAGGCAUUGCUGUGAUCUCUGUGGCCAAACUUUCGGCACCACAUCUAGACUACGCUUGCACCAUCAACGCAUUCAUGACAAACAGGCAACGCACUUCUGUUCGCUUUGUGACUACAGAGCUUAUAACCUCAAUGACAUCAACCGCCACAACUUGAGCUGCCACACUGGUGAUCUUAGCUACUAUUGCAGCCAAUGCAAUGCACGCUUCGUCUCUGAUGUUGCCCUUAGGCAACAUUCCAACCGAGCACAUCCAGAUGCUAACAGCUUGUCUUGCACCCAAUGUAGCUUCACCUGUGGUUGCCAGGCUGCUCUCAAAACACACAUCCAGCAUGAACAUUCUGAUAUCAAGACGAAAGAUCCUCAAAAUGGUCCAGAAAAACAAGGCAAGAUGUCCAUCACCCAUCAGUGCUCGGUCUGUUCCUUUAGUACCCAUAAAAGACUCCUCCUGGUCCAGCAUAUGUUAGAUGAGCAUGAACAUGGACCAGCUGAGGAGAAAACUCUUAAGUGUGAUGUCUGUGGUUUCUAUUGCACCCACCAAGUGGUGUUUGACCAGCAUGUGAGGUCACACGGAGGAACUUGCCUCUUUAAGUGCACUGAAUGCGAGUUUUCCACCAGAAACAAGCAGAAGAUCACCUGGCACAUUCGAAUCCAUACAGGAGAGAAACCUUACCGGUGUGAGAAGUGCAAUUAUGCAUGUGCUGAUCCUUCAAGACUGAAGUAUCACAUGAAGAUUCACAUGGAGGAACGCAAGUAUCUCUGCCCAGAAUGUGGCUACAAAUGCAAAUGGGUAAACCAGCUGAAGUAUCACAUGACAAAACAUACAGGUGCCAAACCUUAUGCAUGUGAGGACUGCGAGUACCGCACCAACCGUGCCGAUGCCCUGCGCAUCCACCGGGAGACACGUCACAGAGACGUGCGUUCCUUUAUAUGCGAGAAGUGCGGAAAGGCUUUCAAGACACGCUUCCUCCUCAAGACACACCAGAGAAAGCAUAGUGAGGAGCGACCUUAUGUGUGCUCCAUAUGCCAAAGAGCGUUCCGCUGGCCUGCGGGUCUCCGCCAUCAUUAUCUGUCCCACACAAAUAAGCUGCCAUUUUACUGUCUCCACUGUCCCUACAGGGCAAAACAGAAAUUUCAGGUUGUAAAGCACCUUCAGAGACAUCACCCAGACUUGCCUGUUCAAGAUGGUGUGGGUAAAGACCAAGAGGCCUCUAUGAGUACACAAAAGACCUGGAUUAGGGAAGCGGAAGAGAGACAAGAGGAUGGGCAAACUGCUUUAGAGCACAUGCAAACAGCAGGGGAUAUGUAGCUGUGCUUCUUUAUACAUUUCGAUUGACAUUUCUUUGUCCUAUGAAAGUAUUCCAUGUAAUUAUAAUCAAAACCCUCAUUCAAACCACACUGAAUAAAUAUUUUUACGAUAUAAUUAUUAAUGUUUAUUCCUUUAAAAGGCUUUUUUCAAAGAAAAAAAAUAUUUAGCUGUGAAUGUACAUACAUAAUGGAAAUAAAAGUCAUUUACUUUGAA